AUGGUAGUUAACAGUUUCUCUAAAUGGCCAGAAAUUUGUAAGUGUAAAAAAACCAGCAAUCAAGCAAAAUGCUUUGUCGAUACGUUCAAGGAAGCCCUUAGAAAAUCGAAUAAAGAAGUCACGGAUGAGGUAGCUUUCCAACAAUUCUUAAGAGUAUGCUGUGUGUCAUCAAAUCCAAAUACACCAGCAGGUGUGUCACCAGCGGAGCUGAUGUUUGCGGGGAAAAUAAAACCAGUCUUCAACAAAUUGUUACCGGGGAAGAGAAGAAAAAUUGCAAGGGAAAAUACAGCAAGAUUUCUCAAAAUUGGUGAAAAGGUAUUAUUUGUGAGGACACAUAAGAACGGAAAACAGAGUUGGGAAGAUGGCGUGAUUAUCAAACGUAUAGGAAAAAUGCUGUACUUGGUAAAAAGUAGUAAAGGCGUAUACAAGAAGCACAUGAACCAACUGAAAAAAAGAUUCGUUGAGAGCGAACCCAAGAGAAUGGAAGAACCAAUAGAAUGGCAAUAUGAUACUUUUCAAGUACUAACACCACUACAGGUGAUUGAACCCAGGCGCACAAGCAUAAGAAAGAGAAAAUGUACAGAGUUCCUGAAAGUGGAUGCCAAACUGAAAAAAUAUUAA